AAGAAAAUAAAAAACUCACAUUCCUAAACCCCUUAUCCAAAUUCCGAACUCUCCAAUCCUCAAAUCCCCUCCCACUCUGCAAAGCUUCUGCUAUGAACUAACAAAUUCAACCAAAAAUCCCUUCUUUUCACCAUAAAAAAUGGCUUUACUUUCAUCAAAGAUGCUACAAUCAUCUUCACUUUCACCAAUCUCUCAAUUCCCCCCUCACAAAAUCUUGUUUUACACCACAAAUUUCAUUUCUUUACCUUCAUCUCUUUCACUCAAUUCCCUGUCUUAUAUUACACCCAAUGCGCCUCUCUUUAAAACCCAGAAAGCUCCGCCUUUAUUUCUAGCUCAAGCUGCUGUGGAAACCCCUGUUGCAAUUGAAGCUGAGGAGGAGGAGGAGGAAGAAGAUGAAGAAUCAAGAACUAGAGUGUGUGCGCAAAAUGUGCCGUGGGAUUGUACUGCUGAUGAUAUUCGACCCCUUUUCGAAAAGUAUGGGACUGUUGUUGGUGUUGAGCUGUCCAUGUACAACAAAACAAGGAACCGGGGUUUAGCUUUUGUUACCAUGGGGUCACAUGAGGAAGCUGUAGCAGCUAUAACUAAUCUUGAAGCCUUUGAAUAUGAGGGUAGAUCUUUGAGGCUUGCAUGGGCAAAGCCACGAAAGAAGAAGGUUCCACCUCCUCGAGUGCUACCAAAGCAAGUGCCAAUACACAACUUGUUUGUGGCUAAUUUGCCAUACCAAGCUAGAGGCAAAGAUCUUAUGGAGUUUUUCAAUUCUCAGAAUGCUAAUGUUGUUUCUGCGGAAGUUAUUUUCCGUGAAAAUCCGAGAGGGUCAGCGGGCUAUGGAUUUAUUUCCUUCAAUACUAAAGAGGAGGCUGAUGCAGCACUCUCUACUUUUCAAGGAAAGUUGUUUAUGGGACGGCCGAUUAGAAUAGCGCCAAGUAAAAAAUUUCUGAGACAAGGAACAAAAGAGAGUAUGCAACAAGAAGAAAGUACUUCGAGCAGCAAGUUAAAUUCGGAUGAGGAGCAAACAGAGACAUCUGCUGAAGUCUAAAGCGGUAUGAAUAGGAAGCUGAGUACUUCUUUUUUGCUAAAUGGAGCUGAAUACUUUUACUUAUCAUGUCCAAGAAUGUCCAGAUUUUGUCUAUUAUUGGAAAGUUGGAAACUAAUAUAAUCUUUACACAUAUUUGUUGAAACUUUAUAUGCCUACUUCAUCUUUUACUUUA